GAAGCGGGGCAGUUAGUGUGAGGUGAGCUUGUCUCGUUCUGAUCAAUGCCAUUUGAAAGCUACUGGGCAGCUACCGGGCAGCUAGCGUGUGGCUGAGUGAGUGUUGACCGCAUUUGCAACCACCCAACUAACACUUCUCAGGCGAUCCUGCCAAACCAUCUUGAUGAGGACGGACAAGGACAACGUCAAGUCCUAACGUCGCGUGUGCUCUUUCCAACUCCGUAGUCUCCUCCUACAUCUACUUCCUGAGCUCCUCUUAUUCUUCUACAUCUUCUCCUCCAAAAAAUUUCUCAGUUCACUAUUCUCCCUCAUUACUCUAGCUCACAGUAUCGAUUGAGGCAACAUUCUAACGAAGAGGAGGGGUAGAGAGCUGACUAACAAGGUAGACCAGUGACCUCCUCUAGCCGAGUAAUCCCAGCACACCAAACUCGAGAAUCGUCAUCGGCGGCUAUUACCUCCGACAGCUUUCAAUGGCGACCCUUGUCGACGUCAACUCCACCGCACCCGCCGACAAGAUGGCUCCCUCAACGCUUGACCUGUUCAUGUUGACGUUCAAUUGUGCCAAGAACUUCAUCGAUACUCACGUCUUUGCGACAAAUCUCCACACAGCUUUCAAGCAGAGCGCCGCUCCCCUCCCAGAGGUUGUGGUCUUCUCCUUGCAAGAGUUCGCGCCGUUAUCUUAUUCCUUCAUCGGCGGCUACUUCCUUAGCCCGUAUCUCACGCGCUUCGAAGAAGCUCUCAACCUCGCUGCCACCAGAUACACCAACGAACCCUCCUCGAGUACCGAUAGUCACGAUGAGGCGGACGACGAAACGAUACUGGUUAAGCCUACCGCUCCUACCCCUGUGCGACCUUAUACCCUGAUCCGGACUCGCAAUGUCGGUAUGACCGCCAUUAUGCUCUUUGCGCGGAACCCCGAAUCAAUUUUGCGCGUGCAAGAGGCGGAGGUCGGCUUCGGCGCCGCAGAAAUGGGCAACAAGGGCGCUGUGGCACUAAGGGUCUUAUACGAGGGCACAACGGGCGAUGGUGGGAAGAAGGAGACGGAGCUCACUUUCGUGGCUACCCAUCUCGCAGCAAUGGAAUGGAAUCUGCCUAGGCGAAAUGCCAACUGGGCAACCAUCAUGCGUGGCCUGACAUUCGAGAAUCCGGAAGACAUCCUGCACCCGAAGAAGAACAAGCCUAAUACCCCUACACAGGGAGAGGGCCAAACCGACGGUGCCAGGGAUGAAGCAGUGCACCUCUUGCACGACGAGCAUCACGCACAAACGCUCGCUCUUCAGGAAAGGCUACAGGAGAUAUCUGUGUUCAAGCCAAGCUCCCAUCUUUUUGUCGGCGGCGACCUCAACUAUCGCAUCUCAACGACGAGUCCGCCGCCAAUGGCAACGUUUCCCAGUCUCGACCCCGAUAGCGAACACCAUUACUCCCGCUUCUUCCCCUUGGACCAACUCACGAGAGAACGCCAGGCGGGACGCACUUUGCACGGCAUGAGUGAGGCAGAAGUCAAAUUUCCCCCGACGUACAAGUACAAUGUCCUGCCCACAGACAACACCCGCCUGAAAGUUGAUGGUGUGGAGGAUGUGCCUUGGGUGUUUGCGCCUCAUCGAUACCCCAGCUGGACGGAUCGCAUCUUGUACUUGGAUGUCCCGUCGUGGGUCAAGGCCAAGCCCCAAAAGGUCGAUGUCAAGACCUACGAUGCCAUGCCUGUGGUCCGCAGCUCAGAUCACAGAGCCGUGUACAUCAGAGCUGCAGUUCCCCUUCUCACUAAGAAGGAGCUAGCCCGAUCAUCGACAGAAGCUUCGACAUCCAAUGUGGUGGAUCCUCGUCUCGUUCUCCCCGUAGCCAUCGAUCCCGAGGCCUGGGAACGACGUGCGGCAGCAAGGCGGAAGGAAGUCCUCGCUGGCUGGAGCAUGUUCCUGUGGUCUACUAAGCAGGGGGCGAUGAUACUAGCCACACUGUUGGCCAUCGGUGCAGGCAUAUGGUGGCUGACUUGAGCUGAG